CAAAGGCAGCGCGCGCUCAUUGGCUGCUGCCGUGUGCGCCGUGUUGUCCCCCAGCGCGAGCGGCUCUGCCCCUAUUCACAUGUUAAUAAGCCACUAUAAAUACUAACAACAGCCACUCAGAGCAAGGAGCACGUCUCACUAACAUCGCACAAUAAACACAGGCGCCUACAGCUUUGCUUCCUUUCCGUUUGCCAGCUGCCCCUCGUUGACCGCCCCAAAGGGAUAGGCAGUUUUGGGAGACGAACGCGGACCAUCAUGGCACCCUCGGCUCGCCCCAGCAAGAACCCAGUCGGGACGGACGAGGAAGAAGCAUUUUUCGGAAUCCAGAAGACAGACAGAAAGAUUAGGAAACCAUUAGUGGAAAAGAAGAGGAGAGCUCGCAUCAAUGAGAGUUUGCAAGAGCUGCGUGGUCUGCUGGCGGACACAGACUUUCACGCCAAAAUGGAGAACGCAGAGGUGCUGGAGCUCACAGUGAAAAAGGUUGAGGACAUUUUGAAGAAUAGAAAUCAAGAGUCUGAGAGGAUGAACAGAGAGGCAAGUGAGCGUUUUGCAGCCGGUUACAUCCAGUGCAUGCAUGAAGUCCACAUGUUCGUCUCAAGUUGUCCCGGGAUCGACGCGACGGUAGCGGCCGAACUUCUCAACCACCUUUUGGAGUGUAUGCCCCUCAAUGAAGACCACCUGCAAGAUGUGAUGGACCUCAUAUCUGAUACCCACAACAGCAGCAUCAGUAGCAGUAGUAGCAGUAGUAGCAGCAGUAGCGGUAGUAGUAGUAGCAGUAGCAGUACAUUUGCAAACGGAACAAGUCCAGACUCCCUUUGCUCGCCCAUGCUGGCUUCUCCGGGGGGAAGGAGCGCAGUGUCGGCCUUAUCCCCAGCACCCUCUACUAUCUCCAGUGAAGAUUUGUGCUCCGACCUGGAUGAGACAGACAGCGAGCAUAACCAGAGUUCUACAGAAAGCAUAGGGGGUCGGGAGGGGCAGCCAACAGUCGCUUACCCCUGGUCAAUGUGGAGGCCCUGGUGAAAAGAAUGGAAAAAAAUGGACUAAACCUGGAAGUUGGGAUGCUACUAUGGACUACUAAGACAGCAGUUCACCAAUCAGAUAUAACAUUAUGACCAUUGCACACAAAAUAUAUAGAAAUAUACUGGAUAAGCUAAAUACAUGCAAGGUGUAUUUUGACAACGUCUUCAACCAUUUGACCAUUUUUUAGUAAUUUGACUGUUGAAUUGGACAAGAAACCAUGAAACCUUUUGGAUAGUACUGGCAACUAAAGUCUGGGAAUACCACUCAAGAACUGCAGUUUUGGAGAGGCUUUGAUGCAGUUACCUAGAUUCAAAUUGGACUUUGUCAAACACAGGCUUUGACCAUUUAUGUUUCUGAAAUAUCAACGUCAUAAAACUCAUCCAGAUGCCCAAAGAAAGAAGUAUUCUGUGAUGUUUUGGAACUUUCCACUAUGAACUGCAGCCUGCUAUUCCUGAUAUCUGAAUCCAUGCACUGUUCAACCCCUCAAGACUCCGGAAUAUUUUCAGAUGAAGUAAAAUUCCCACAAUGCAAUGGACUAACACAACCGUUCCACUUUGUAAAAUGACUUUCUUUUGGAUGAAUGGUGGUCUAAAAAUGCUGAAGUGUCUUGUAUUAUAAUUGUGUAUAUAUCAUAAUCUCUGUGUGAUAAAGCUCUUUUAGACAUUAUUUGCCUUUCAUUAUUAUUAAUAUAAAUAUGUCAAUUGUAUUCUGUAUUCUAAGGGUCUGUAGUUGUUCGAACCUGUAGUGUUCUAAAGACUGUUUUAUGUUGUAUUGUUUUUAUUGUUUAGAAAUGUUUUACAGUAUAUUAUGCACCAAUUUUAUAUAAUAAAAUAAUGUAGCUUAAUCUAAAUGCU